AUGGCGCCGGAUUCCCAGUCGUCGAGUGAUGGCCCUCCCAACAGCAAGGAGGUCUAUAGGGAAGCUCCAACCCAGCCAUAUCAUGAAGAUGUCGAGUCUGGCCAGCAACAAGGACUUCUACAUAAGAACCUGCAAGGUCGACAUAUGCAGAUGAUUGCGAUCGGUGGUUCUAUCGGUGCCGGCCUCUUCGUUGCCUCGGGCGGUGCGCUGCAGAGCGGUGGUCCUGCUUCCCUGGUAAUCUGCUAUGUCAUCAUUGGUGUGAUGAUUCUGUGCACCGUGGAGGCACUGGGAGAAUUGGCGGUGCUAUAUCCCGUCAAUGGUGCCUUCUUCGACUAUGGUGUGCGAUUCAUUGAGCCAUCCUGGGGCUUUGCCAUGGGCUGGCAGUAUGCUCUUAGUUGGCUGAUCAUCUUUCCCUUUGAGAUCACAGCUGCGGGCCAGACAAUCGACUACUGGCACCAUUACAAUAUCGGCAUUUGGAUCGCAGUCUUCUUUGCUGUAUUGUUUAUAAUCCAGCUCUUUGGCGUUCGAGGGUACGGUGAGGUGGAGUUCGUCCUCGCUGUCAUCAAGAUCAUAGCCGUGCUUGGGUUCAUCAUCUUUGGCAUCAUUGUCGAUUGUGGAGGGGUGCCUUCCGAUGACCGUGGAUACAUUGGCUUUCGAUACUGGGAUAGCAGUAAACCAGGCGGCAACAAAGCGUUCAGGAAUGACUUCAAGGGAUUUUGUUCAGUCUUCACCGUUGCUGCGUUCGCCUUUGCUGGUACAGAAAUGGUGGGUCUAGCUGCCGCGGAAGCGAAGGAUCCACGCAAGUCUCUGCCCAAAGCCACUCGACAGGUGUUUUGGCGCAUCGCUGGAUUCUAUGUUAUCUCACUUCUCAUCGUUGGCUUGAUCGUGCCUAACAACUCGGACGACCUCCGUGGGUCAUCCGGAGCAAAUACGAAAGCCUCACCGUUCGUCCUGGCCAUCGAAUACGCCGGCGUGUCGGGCUUGCCAUCUGUCUUCAACGCGGUCAUCACCAUCGCCGUCAUCAGCGUUGCGAACUCGUCCAUAUACGGCAGCACCCGAACAAUGCAGGCACUCGCUUUGCGCGGUAUGGGUCCUAAAUGGCUGGCCUAUGUCGACAAGAAGGGCCGUCCAUUGUGGGCGGUAGCCAUCGCCCUGGCUUUCGGUAUGCUGGCUUUCGUCAACGAAGCCAAGGAUGGUGGCGAUGUUUUCACGUGGCUGUUGGCCCUGAGCAGUCUGUCCAACUUCUUCGUCUGGGGCUCGAUCUGCCUUAGUCAUAUGCGAUUUCGCCUUGCAUGGAAGGCAGCUGGUCGCUCGCUCGAUGAUCUUCCAUUUCGUUCAGACACGGGUUUCUGGGGCAGCGCAAUCGGCUUCACUAUCGUGUGCAUAUGCUUGGUCGCAACAUUCUACGUCAGUCUAUUCCCGAUUGGCGGAGACCCCGAUGCCGAAGUCUUCUUCGAAACUUAUCUAGCUGCUCCCAUCAUCAUUGCCUUGUGGGCAUUCUGGAAGCUCUGGACCAGGCAAUGGCGACUCUUCACACCGCUGCGAGAGAUCGACAUCGACACGGGGAUGAGAGAGUACAUUGGUAGCAUGCCAGAGCCGCCGACCAACGCGUUCCGCCGGCUAGCCAAGAUCAUCUUUUGA